CCGCUCGGAUGGCGGCCGCGGGGCCGGCCGCCUGGCUGGGGUGAUUCGGGGGGACCCUCCCCUCCCCCCCCGGAGGGGACCCCGUCGCCGUCCUCGACGCCCGACCGCCCCCCCUCGCCCCCUCGGGGGGCCGACGUAGGCGACCUCCCCGCCUCAGCCCCCAAAAUGAUGCUGAGCCCGGACCAGGCGGCCGACUCGGACCACCCCAGCUCGGCCCCUUCGGACCCGGAGUCCCUGGGCGGGACUGACCCCAAGGCGCCGGGCAGCGUGUCGGACCUGGAGCCGGUGGGCGAGGGGGACGGGGAGGCCGGGGGAGGGGGCGGUUGCGGGGGUCGCCCCGGGCUCUACCCGCACCCCCAGCAGCUGAGCCGGGAGGAGAAGCGUCGCCGCCGCCGGGCCACGGCCAAGUACCGCUCGGCCCACGCCACGCGGGAGCGCAUCCGCGUGGAGGCCUUCAACCUGGCCUUCGCGGAGCUCAGAAAGCUCCUCCCCACCCUGCCCCCGGACAAAAAGCUCUCCAAGAUCGAGAUCCUGCGCCUUGCCAUCUGCUACAUCUCCUAUCUCAACCAUGUGCUAGACGUCUAGGGAGUGGGAUGCGGCGGGGCGUGGGGAUACCGACCAGGAGGAGAUCCCCACGCCGAGGAAAAACACACACACACACACACACACACACGCACACGCACCAUCUUGCAACGUUGGGACGAGGGGACCGCCUAGUCCGGACGAAGGGAUCGUCAUCAUCACCAUCAUCAUCGUGGCGUUUGUUAAGCGCUCACUACGUGCCGGGCCCUGGACUGAGCGUCGGGGUGGAGGACACGAUCCCUGUCCCGCGUGGGGUUCCCAGUCUCUGGAGACGGGGCUCCCCUGUCUCCCUAAAGCAGUGGGAGCCCCCCCCCCCUCCCCACUUAGCCGUUCCUUCCUCCCCCAGAGGAAGAUGCGCGGGGAGGUCGAGGCAGGCCGGGGCCUUCCAGAUAUCUAAGGCCGGGGGAGGGUACCCUAGAAUCGAUCCUUGGUUUUCGAGCCCCCGGGACGGGGGAGAGAUAGGAUCUCUUCUGGCUCGCGGGAAAAUAUUCCUUUCCCCGUGGAAAAAUCGAUAGUUCUUUCCCCGAGGAAAAAAUCUCUAUUUCUUUCCCCGUGGAUUUCUCUCCUCCUGGAAAAAAAAAGAACCCUCGAUUUCUUUCCCCGUGGAGGAAAAAAACGAUAUUUCUUUCCCCGCGGAAAAAACAACCCGAUACGUCUUUGCCCGUGGGGGAAAAAAAAAACCCGAUAUUUCUUUCCCCGCGGGAAAAAAAACAACGACGAUAUCCCUUUGCCCGUGGGGAAAAAAUCGGUAUUUCUUUCCCCGUGGAAAAAUCGACCGGGCGGGUCUGAGGGACGAGGUAAAUCCCCGAAUCUUUUGCAAGAUUAAAAACAAUAACGACAACAACGACACACACACACACACACACACACACAAAAAAAACACACAAAAAAACCCACCAUCGUUUCGUAGCGGUAGAAUUUGUCGGAGGGAGAUUUCCCUGGGAGAUGCGAAACCUCGCUCGAAAGGGAAUCCAUAUUAAGACGAAACGUUUUUUUCAGGGUCUAGUGCGCCCUCUCCUAUAUCCAAAAACCAUCCUACUUGUGACCUUAAACAUUCGAUCCCUGGGUGCGGUUCUUGGGGAAAAAAAAAUAACUAUUUUUGAUUUAUGUUCCAAGGAGUAGACUAUUUUUUUCAAGACGUUUAUUUUUCAGAGUGGUGGCGAUUUUACUUUGGAUACUUCGUGGCGACCUGUUUCGAUAGUCGAGUGUUUACACUUUUUCCUGUGGAAUAAUUACGUACGUCUAAACUUUGAACAGUGUUUGUUGGGGUUUAUUCCGUGAUCUUUCUUUUGGCUCCGACCGUAUUGCACUUAUAUAGCUCAACCUCCCUCUCCUCCCCGUUUCUAAACCUAUUUUCUAUAUGGAGACGUUUGUUCCGGAGAUUUUCCUUUGAUUUUGUUUUGUCUCGUGGGUGAGGAUUCGGCAUCUUAGCACUUCACCGUUAGAGUUUGGGGAAAUAUUUGUUACCGAGCCGUAGUUACGCCUAGAAAGUCUUUGGCCAAGCGUUUCUGAAGAAAAUUGCUUCGUUAUUUGUGU